UUAAAUAAUAUGCGUCACGUGAUCAUCACCCGCGCUUCUAUUGGUCAGUUUCAGUCUAGUGUUUAUUUCCGGAAGUAAGUUAUUCUCAGUGGUGUCAUAAUUUCCAUCAGGUUUAUCACAUCUUUGUGAUUCCACGCUGUGAUCAAAGGUGUGUCCGCAGCUACAGAAUGGCACAUUGGUUUCAUAGAAACCCACUGAAGGCUACUGCGCCCGUCUCUUUCAACUACUACGGAGUAGCAGGGAGUCCAGCUGCCAAUAAAAUAUGCAAUGAUCUGAGGACCACCAGGGCCAGACUGCUGGACAUGUUUACUGACAUCACCUGCACCCCCGACAUCAUGAAAAAUGCCACUGAUGCGUACUUCUCACUCCUGCAAGGCUUUAUCACGUCUCUGGAUGGUAGCUCACAGGACAACAAGAUGCGGUACAUCCAGAACUUUAAAUGGACCGACACCUUACAAGGAAACACACCAAGUGCUCAGCAGGACAUGGUGUUUGAACUGGUCUCCAUGGCUUUCAAUGUUGCCCUCUGGUACACCAAGUUUGCUUCCAGACUAGCAGGAAAGGAAAAUAUUACAGAGCCUGAAGCCAAAGAUGUGCACCGGAGCCUGAAGGUGGCAGCUGGAAUUUUCAUAAAUCUCAAGGAGCUGCACAUCCCUCGUCUCAUCACUCCAGCAGAGAAGGGCAGAGACCUGGAGCCUAGAGUUAUGGAUGCCUAUAUUAUCCAGUGCCAGGCAGAAGCACAGGAAGUGACAAUUGCCAGAGCCAUUGAGUUGAAACACAAGGCGACACUUAUUGCAGCAUUGGCUUAUGAGACAGCCAACUUCUAUCAAAAAGCUGAUCACACACUGAACACUCUGGAGCCUGAAUGUAGCAGCAAAUGGAGGAAGUACCUACAGCUCAAGCAGCAUUUCUACAUGGCCUAUGCUUACUGCUAUCAUGGACAGACACUCUUGGCUGGUGACAAAUGUGGUGAGGCCAUUCGAUCCCUGCAGGAAGCAGAGAAAUGUUAUGCUCGGGCUGAAUCUCUGUGUAAAGAGUACCGUCAGACCAAAGGCCCUGGGACCACGGCUAAACCCUCUGAACAGCUGUUCUUCAUCAAACUGGGAGGAGUCAUCAAGAACACUCUGGAGAAGUGUCAAAGAGAGAAUGGAUUCAUAUACUUCCACAAGGUGCCAGCAGAGCCCCCCACGCUGGAGCUGAAGGCCAGUUAUGGUUUGGCUGAGCCUGUUCCCUUUGAGCUGCCCCCUCUGAGCGAACAGUGCACUCCAGAGGUCUACGCCACGUUCGACCUGACGAGAGGCGCCAAGAACGACAAGGCCAAACCUAAAGACGAGGAGGUGAAGCCUGUGAAGGAGCCGGACCUCAAGCCCCAGAAGGACACAGGCUGUUCCAUCUCCUAAAUAUCCUCCCCUCUCUCCCCCUCCUCCGGCCCUCUCUCUCUCACCUGUGUGUACCACUACAGUCACGCCAGCCAUCUUCCUAUUUAUAAACCACAGGAACAUGAGCUUUGGCCACAUAUUCUGUUCUUACUCAUGUAUUUGAUCAAAACUAGUAUAAUAUGCUCUAAUUCAAAUUAAGUGACCACAAAACAAGGAUGUAACAAGGCUUUGUUAAUUUAAUAUAACAAAAUUAAAUACAUAUUACUUUGAUAUGGGUAAGCCUUAAGUAUUGAAAUAACAGUGCCUUGGUCUUUUUGGCCUUUCAUUUGGCACUAGCACACAACUAAAAAAUUAAGAAGUCUAUUGUCAAUUUAAAGGUGCACUAUGUAACUUUUUGAUAGAGGGUCCAUCACCUGCAUGUUUCUAUGGAUUCUAUGUCAAUACUCUGCCUGGAAUGUUCCACAGCAUGACAUUAAACAACUCUACCUUAUAUUUAUUGAAUUACAAAUGUCAUUAUAACUCAAAAAUACCUAGAAAACCAGGCAUUCUGACUAUUAGUGGGAGUUUCCUCUCCACAGUUCUGACUUGUAACUUGGUCUGGUUUGGUCUCCAUGAUGACAGAAGGAGGUUUAAUGCCAUACUGUGAAAUAUUCCAGACAAAGCAAUAACAUCUCCAUGGAGAAAAGCAUUUCAUCGGACCCUCCAUCAGAAAUGUUACACAAUGCACCAUUAACAAAAUAACACCAUAACCAUGUGUUUAUUUAGUAUUUUAGAUAUGAAAACACUAUAUAAUGUAUCUAUAUAGGAGUAAGAUUAGUCUAAACCAGUGUAUUUUUGGUGGUAAGACUGAAAGUUUACUAUUGUUAAUUAAAUCUCAAAGAUGUAAAGCAGCAGUGACAGUUCUAGCUGUAGCAGUUUACAAUUAUUGCAACUAUUCCACUCCACAUGUAUGUAGUUAUGGCCCUGUUUCAACAAGAAGGACCAAAAACUCAAAGCACUUGGCCUAAUGAUACUUUGCAGUGAUGGGUGUAUUUCUACUCAUUUGCUGUAGUUCCAACUAAAUUAGCAGUUUCUGGUCUUUGAGUUAACUUCACACCCUCAGGAAAUGUUGAAGAUAUCAGCUGUGUCAAGUGUCAAUAUUGACUAAAAUUGGACUUGCAUAUAUUUUUUUGUUCAGCACAUUAUAAGCAAAGAUCAUUAUCUAAUGAUUGAAAUGAAGUAAAUUAGUAUAUACAGGAAUAUUACUCAACUAAAGCUUGAGUUGAAAUUCUGAGUUUGUUGAGCCCACUUGGUAAAACAGGGCAAAUGUGCAGAAUUGUUUUGUAUAUAAUAUAAUGUCACUGGUUUCACUUAUAUUCAUUUAAAACAAAAAUAGUAAUCUUUAGCUUGUUUUUUUUUAAUUUAUUUUCUAAUUGUUUUACCUAUCUUUACAUAUUCUUGUAAUUACAUUUCUUAAUCAUGAUUUUUACAUGGCCUAUUUUACUCUUUUACACACCUUCAUCCAAAAUCCCUUGCAGAACUCUUACCAUAAGUAUGUACUGUACAUAAAAGCAAUUGGAACACAAACAUUCAAAGGGAGGACUUAAAAAUAUCCAAGCUGCAUGUCUCCAAAUUAUAAGACUAAUUGCUGGAAGCUUGUAUAAACUGUAUGAUAUGCAUUGAUUUCUGUCAUUGUUCGUUAAUCCUAAACACAUUUGAACCCACUGUAACGCCUUUGCACUUUAAACUGGUCUGCAUUAUAGAGACUGUAGUGAGGAUCUGCUAAAUAUUUACUCAAAUAUCAUUUCUCUCAUUAUAAAAUGUGGCAAUCAGCGUUUUCCUUUGAAUGCUUCUCCCCACGUUUUUGAAUGAUCUGUGUACAUUGUCUUACAUUAUUCAUCUAUUAACGUCCUUCUUGUAAGAUUGAUUUUUGAAGGUAUUAAAUCCAGUGUAAAACUAAAA